AUGAAAGGUACUCGAUCAUCCCUGAUUAUUAGAUUUCCUGAAGAUGGAAUGGGUGGGAGGAGAAAGUGUUUUCAAGUUCUGAAUCAUGAGAAUGAUCAUAAUGGUCAUAUCCGUAUCGGAGAGCUGAAACGAAAAUUGUAUAAUCUCAUCGGAUUGGCCUAUAAUCACAAGGAAUUAGAUUUCAGUUUAUGCAUGGAUGGUAAAUGUAUUUCAAUGAGAAACGAAAAUGAACAUUUGCAAUUAGGAGAACACGAAACUCAUGUAGCCGAUUUAAAAAUACAACUAAAGGGAGGAGGAAAUAAUCCAUCAAUACAAGCAACAAGUUCAAGAGAUGUAAAUAGUAUUCAAGCAAAGAAAGUUUUAAUAGAACAACCAGUUGACAGAUAUAUUUCGGAGGAAGUGAGAAAGCGAAUUGUGUUUGAUCCAGAAAAAGAUGCCCCUUCUACAAGUUGUUUUAGAAUUCCAUUUCAUGAAUAUAAUGGAUCAAAGUGGCAACCAGUAAGCUAUGAAAAAUUACAUCAAUCUAGCAAUACUGUUCAAGAAUUGAAAAUAGUAACAUAUAAUGUUUGGUUUGAUUUACUAGAACGAGAGGCGAGAAUGUUAGAAAUUGUCAAAAUUUGUCAAAGUGCAAAUGCUGAUAUUAUUUGUUUGCAAGAAGUCACACGUGGUUCUUUAGAGAUAAUAACAAAACAACCAUGGAUUAGAGAUAAUUUUUAUAUUUCUGAUUCAUUAGAAAAUGGAGGAGCAACUGUCAGCCCGUAUGGAGUAUCGAUUUUUGUGAAAAAGAAUUUACCAGUUGUAAAGUUAUUCCUUAACGAGCUACCAACUCGAAUGUUUCGAUCAGCUCUUAGCUUGGAAUUGAAGGUAGACGAUCAAAUUCUUUGCUUUUCAACAAUUCACUUGGAAUCAUUAGAUAACCAACCACUCAGAGCUCAGCAAAUGUAUUUAAUAUCUACCUUUUUGAAACUGUACAAUACUGCUUUUUUGUGUGGAGAUUUUAAUUUUGAUUCAGAAGAAAAUUAUCACAAAGACAUCACACCUCUCGAAAACGAGAAUUUAGAGAAUUUUUAUCCUGAUUUCAUAGAUAUUUGGAAAGAACUCAAGUAUCCUGUGCAUGACAUGGGGAAAACAUUUAUUGGGGAUCAUAGUAGACUGGAUCGAAUGAUUUUGAAGAGCUCCAUCUUUGAGCCUGUGGAUAUAACCAUGUUAGGAACCACACCAUUCAAAGAAGUGAACGGAAGAGUCAUUUAUCCCUCCGAUCACAAUGGAUUACUAACCACUCUUCGACCAAAGAAGUGA